GUAUCUCUGCUGGGGCUAUGUCAUUAAGGAGUAUGAAGUCAGAAAUAUGGACGCCUGCUUCAUGAGACUCGACGCCAUUUUUAACUACAACAGUCAGGUGAUCGAGUCGGCCAGAGUCGGAGCAGGCUAUGAUCAGCAGCUGAACGACAUAAUGGAUGCAGAGAUUCAGCCGAUACUUCAGGAUUUCUAUCAGACACCUAAUUACGUGUCUGGAUGCUACCCUCCAUGUGGUUUUCAGGAUGCUGGCGCUGUGUAUAAUUGCAAGACAUGCAAGUAUGACUCGUGUGAGUUUCCCCUCGACUGCCCAGUUGAAGAAAUUAAGGUAAUGGAGAACACCAGGAUCCGCAUGUGGUGCAAAGUGCCGUUCGACUUGCCCAGUGACUUCCAGGCUGUGUGGAGGUUUGCAGAAGAGUUGAAUACUCAGCAGCUGGAUGAGUUCAAAGAGGUGACUGCUGGAGUGGACACGCUCUUCUCCAUCCCUUCCACAAGCCCACACCACCAGGGCACCUACCAGUGUGAGAUCUACUCCGACCAGCGCUCCAUCGUCAGGCUCUACUAUUACCUAUCUGUGACCCCCCAGAAUGAGGUUGGCCACACGGAGCUGCAGGAGAUAUUCGACCUGUCUUUGCUCCCAGGAGGGUCGUUACUCCCCACAGCCGACCUGUCCCGCCACAGCCGCCCCUCUGCAGUGCUGCUCGGUGCCUAUGUUAGUGCUGUGCUGCUACUGCUGCUCCUGUCUCUGGGGUAUGACAAAACCAUUCUCACUAAAUUACAUGGACACACACUAUGUAUUAUUGUCAGUAGAUCUAAUAUUCUGUCAUGCUUUGCUGUUCUCUGCAGGACUUUAUAUUUGUUGUCGACAUCAGAGAAAAGAGGUGAUGUGGAAACAGACGCAAUAGGGGACCCCAAGUGUUAAAUACAAAUACUGUAUGUUAUUUUGACAUCUUCAUCUUUAUAGCUGUGGUUCACUGUUUUUAACACU